UCUCCACAAGGGCAAAAGUUACUGCCGCACUCACCGCGGCGGGCGCACCUUGAGGUGUUUCGUCCCCUUUCUUCGAUCGCUCUUUCGACGAGUUGCAGCGACUGCGCCAUCGCGAUGCCCGCCGGGAUGUUCAGCAUCGACAGCAUCCUGUCCGGACGGCCGAGCUGCAAGGAGCCGCUGCUGCUGCACCGGAGCGGCCCGGUCGCGCUGCCCGCCGGGGGCCUGCGUGACUGUGUAUAUGCAGACUACAACGGAUUGUACGCGGCCACGUGCGGCCCGCCCGCCCCCGGAGUGCAGUCGGUGAACGGAACCGGGCUCGGAUAUAACGGCUAUUACUACGGACAGCUGCACGUUCGAGGCGCCGCGGGGCCGCCGUGUUGCGGCGCAUUGCACGGCCUCAACCCGCAGCAAAGCGCCUGCAUCGCGCCAGGCUACGACAGUCCGGGCUCGGUGUUGGUCGCACCGGUACCGCACCACGUGAUGUCCUACGUGAACAUGGGCGGCUUUUCGCGGACCGAGCUGCAGCUGCUCAACCAGCUGCACUGCCGCAGGAAGCGGCGGCACCGAACCAUCUUCACCGACGAGCAGCUGGAGGCUCUGGAGGGCCUCUUCCAGGAGACCAAGUACCCCGAUGUAGGCACCCGCGAACAACUCGCUCGCAAGGUCCACCUCCGGGAGGAGAAGGUCGAGGUAUGGUUCAAAAACAGACGAGCCAAAUGGAGGAGGCAGAAAAGGUCGUCGUCGGAGGAGUCAGAGAACACUCGGAAAUGGAACAAACCCAAAAAAACGGAGCAGAGCAAAAGUGAAGCGGACUCAGACUGAGUUUACGCCACGUUCGGUUGGGUGGGUGCUGGUGCUGGCGGAUGGCGGGUGGCCCCCUGUUGCACGGCUGUACAUAUCCCCAUUGUAUGAUGCGUUGUCUAUUUAUAUCUAAUUUAAGUUGGAAUGUUAAGAGAAUGGAGAGGCGCAAUGGCCACACACACUCGAGUUCAUGUCACGAUGCCACACGUGACACCUUUUGAUCCAUCUUGGAAUAU